AAUUAUUGGGAUACGAAAUUAGAAUAUAUAAAAUAUUAAUAGAAACAGGUUCCAAAAAUCCUGAAGUAAUAACUCCUUAGAACGAAUCAUUUUGGUAAGAUUCUAAAUUACAGUUUUACAAAAUUUUGGUUAAGAUCACUCCAAAAACAUUAUGAAAGGUAAGAAAGUACAAAGCAUAAUCCACUUUGAACUUGAUGGCUGGUAUAAGUCGAAAACUUUAAAGUUUUCGGAAAAUAUUCGUAAUAAGAGUGGUCCAAUGAAUUGUGAAUACACAUUGGAACCUAAAGUUACUCGCGCUGAUAAUUGUACCCAAAUCAUUAUAGAACAGAAGUAUAAAUAUCCUCUUGCAAACGAUGCUUUUAAACGUACCGAAGCAGGUGCAAAUCCACCAAGUGAAAAACCAUUUGAAAAUUUCAAGGACUUCUAUUACGCUUCCGUUGGUUGUACUGAUAUCAACAAGGACCGGUAUAGACGGGCUGCCUAUGAUGCCUGGCUAAAUUUAACCGCUGAAGAACGUAUACCUUUUGUUGCUGAUGCCAUAAUUGCCAAAGGAAAUGCAGGAAAAAUAGAUCUCAACAACAAACGUCAAGUGCGUCGUGCUAUGAAAAAUAUGCGCAAUAUUUAUGUCUAAAUGCUGUUUUUUCCUAAGUUUUCGAAUUAUCUGCAUGCAGUCAAAAAUUCUUUAACUGCUAGUACUGCAGAAUCCUGUUAAAUCAUCGGAGUGAACAACAAAAAAAACCGAAAACUCUUGAUGUUAGCAAGUGUACGAAUGAAACAAAAAGUGAAUGGUUACAUUAAACGUUUUUGGAUCAUAGUAGCUGUGCCUUGAUGGAUGGUUAAAUGCUUGCAAUUAUUUGUGGUCUAUCUGUCUGUCUGUCAUAGAAGUAAAAUGUGCUGUUAUUUUUUUUUUUGAAUCUAUUUUGAGAAUGUAAGUUUACAAACGUUAAAGGAGUUGCGAUAGCAUAAAUGAAAGAAGCCAUUAAUACAACAUAAAAGCAA